AUGACGAUCAAUCGAAAAAGCGCGCAUAUCUACUGCAAGCGUGAGGAUGGUACUUUCGGCAGACCCGAGAGGUGGUCAUGCGAUGACUGUGGGAUUGAGAUUGCCACUACUCUCCGAGAGGACCACUUACGAGCAGCAGAACAUGCUGUCAAUGCUGCUAUGUACAUUCGCCCUCAUCCAAACGGCAAGCGUUAUAUUAAGAUCAGGGAUGUCCGCCGGGUUUAUGCCCAUAUCAAGCCUAUUCCGAUUGGAUGCUAUAGACCAGCGGGGGCGUACAAGGGGAAAUGGAAAGGAGCGGUAACUUUUGUCACGGCCGAAGAUGUUGAAAAGGCGAUGAAGCCGUUCAAUGGAACGAAAAACCGGACUAAGAAGUUCAGUGGAGAUGUCAAGGACGAGUAUGAUUACAAGGAUGAGUAUCACUACAAGGACAUGUAUCUUUGA